AAGGUAUAAAAGACCCCUAGAAGUUACUGAAUUCAGAUAGACUAUUCAGCUCACAAAGAAGUCACAUAGCUUGUGCAUCUUCAGGCAGUAUGCUCCGAAACAUCCUCCUUGUGUUUUUCUUCAUAGGCUCAGCCUGUGCGUUUUACCUGGAAUACCUGAAAGUUCACUCUGAGGAACUCGCCGAUGGAACUUUGCAGGUUUCGGCCACUUCUCCUGAUUCUUUUGAUCAGGAUGAGGAUUUUCCAGCGAGUGAGGAACAGAUCCCUGGCGCGUGUGCUUUGUGUAAGCUGGUUGUGAAGAAAGUGAAGAAACACCUCGGUGAUCAUGAAAAUGCGAACAAGAUUAAACAGAAAUUGAUGAGAGGCUGUAACAUGCUCCCAGCAGGGAAAGACCUCUGUAAGAGACUGGUUGAUAAGCACAUUAAUAUCUUGGUGGAGGAACUUUCUACUGAUGAUGAUCCAAAAACAGUCUGUGUGAAAGCUGGAAUUUGCAAGUCACCGAGCAUGCUGAACCUGAUCCAGGUUUUUUCCCCAAACUCCCAGAUUCUGUGAGGCAGCACAACAAGAAAUGAAUUAAACUGGAAAUAUAUGUUCCAAAUAUAACUGUUUCCAAACCAUUUUGUGCUAAUAAAGCAUUUUAAGGCAUUAA